GAUGGAGCAGCAGCGUUGGGAGGGAAUUAGGGGAGAGCUGGGGGACUCAUUUCCAGCUUCCAGGGGCAGCCAGGUACAGGGGGCCUGUGGUACUGUUGUGGGGGUCCUAGUGGUGCUAGUGUGAGAGUCUAGGUGGUCCCAGCAGGGGGAUCCUGGAGGUACUGGUGUGGGGGUCCUGGUCAUCCUGGCAGGAGGGUCCCAGUGAUCCCAUCAUGGGGGUCUCAGUGUGAUCCCAGCACGAGGAUCCCAGUGGUACCAGUGUGGGGGUCCAACCUUCCUGACAGGAGAGGUCCUGGUGGUUUUGGUAUGGAGGUCCCAGUGAUACCAGUGUGGGGGUCCUGGUGGUGCUGGUGUGGGAGUCCUGGGGGUCUCAGUGAUCCCACCUGGGGAAUCCUGAUAGUAUUGAUAUGGAGAUUCCAGUGGUACCAGUGGGGGGGUCCUGGUAGUUUCGGUAUGGAGGUCCCAGUAAUCCAGUGUGGGGUGCCUGGUGAUCCUGGUAUGGAGUCCUGGUGGCACUGCCGGAGCGUCCUGGUGGUACUGGUGGGGGCUUUCCCGGCUCCGGGGUGGGGUGGGGGGCUGUUUCCCAUUGCCAUCCUCCUCGGGGGAUGUCGCAAGGGGGGUCCUGUCUCCGAGGGGCCCCUUCCCACCGCGGUGUAGGAUGCGGGAUGUCCCGAGACGGGGGUUCCCGUGGGGCGGCGGGGCCGGGCCCGUCGGUCCCUCCCCGGGGCCGGGCUCUUCCAGGGGAAGAGGAAGUGCGGAUCCCCGCCCCGCUCCGCCGCAGGGUGGGCAGCAGGGGCGGGUGGGCCCGGAGCGGGACCGGGGCGGUCCCGGGGCGGGGGGUUCGCUGGCCAUGACUCAGAGGCAGCUGAGCGGGGCGGGGACUGUGGGGAAAUAGGAGGUCUGGAAAGUAUUUUGCCAGCCCGGUGCUGGGAAGAGCCGCGUGUGACCGGAGCGGGUCGGUUUCCCACGGCCACAGCAAAGCGACACCGCGGUGCCGCCGCCGCCGCCUCCGGGACCCCCGGGGUGACGCCUGGGGUGACCCCCCCCUGCCCUGGUGUUCUCCUUCCCAACCCUCACCCCCCCUGUCUCUCAGUCCCCCAUUCCCAUCCCAUCCCAUUCCCUGUUGUACCGUUCCAUCCCAUCCCCAGGCGGGUGCCCUGACGCCUCCGCACCCCGAGCCGGAUUGGGGGUCUCUGGGGGUCUGGGGAGGCCAUGGGGUCCCUGUUCCGCAGCGAGGAGGUUUGCCUGGCCCAGCUCUUCCUCCAGUCCGCCUCUGCCUACAGCUGCAUCAGCGAGCUGGGGGAGCGCGGGCUGCUGGAGUUCAGGGAUCUGAACCCCAAAGUGAGCCCCUUCCAGCGGCGCUUCGUGGGCGAGGUGCGGCGCUGUGAGGACAUGGAGAAAACCUUCACCUUCCUGCAGCAGGAGCUGCGGGGCGCGGGGCGGGUGCUGGGGCCGUGCCCCGAGAGCCCGCGGGCGCCGCUGGCGCGGGAAGCGCUGCGGGUGCAGGAGCAGUCGGAGCAGCUGGCGCAGGAGCUGCGGGAGGUCACCCGGAAUCGCUCGUCCCUGCGCGGGCGCCUGCGGGACCUGCGGCAGUACCUGCAUGUGCUGCGGGAGGGACAGCGCUUCACCAGCCUGCCGGCCCCCCUGGGCUCUCCGCCGCGGCCACGGGCGCUCUCGGACCGAGAGCCCAUCCUCGACCCCUCCCUGCACCAGCACCUCGAGCGCAAGAUCAACUUCGUGGCUGGUGUCAUCCACCCCUGGCGAGUGACCGCCUUCGAGCGGCUGCUGUGGCGUGCCUGCCGCGGGUACCUGGUGACCUCCUUCGUGGAGAUGCCCGAGCCCAUGGAGGACCCGGCCACGGGCGAGAGUGUCACCUGGGUCAUCUUCCUCAUCUCCUACUGGGGCGAGCAGAUCGGGCAGAAGAUCCGCAAGAUCUCGGACUGCUUUCACUGCCAGGUGUAUCCAUACCCGGAGAGCGAAGCCAGCCGGGAGGACACCAUCACCGGGCUGCACAGCCAGAUCCAGGAUCUCAGCGUGGUGCUGGAGGAGACGGAGCAGUACCUGGCACAGGUUCUGGACAAGGUGGCGCUGGCGCUGCCCGCCUGGCGCGUGCAGGUGCAGAAGAUGAAGGCCAUCUACCUCAUCCUCAACCAGUGCAGCUUCGAUGUCACUGAGAAGUGCCUCAUUGCUGAGGUCUGGUGCCCCGUGAGGGACCUCACCCAAGUGCAGGAUGCCCUGCGCCAGGGAUCGUACCAGAGUGGCUCCAGCGUGGAGUGCUUCGUGCAGCGCGUCCCCACCUCAGAGAGCCCCCCCACCCUCAUCCGCACCAACAAGUUCACCGCCGGCUUCCAGAGCAUCGUGGACGCCUACGGGGUGGCCAGUUACCAGGAGGUGAACCCUGCGCCCUACGCCAUCAUCACCUUCCCCUUCAUCUUUGCCAUCAUGUUUGGGGAUGUGGGGCACGGGCUGCUCAUGUUCCUCUUCGCCCUCUGGAUGGUGCUGUACGAGGACAGCCCCCGCCUGCGGCAGGGCACCAACGAGAUCUGGCUGACAUUCUUCGAGGGGCGUUACCUCAUUCUGCUCAUGGGUGCCUUCUCCAUCUACACCGGCUUCAUCUACAACGAGUGCUUCAGCAAAGCCACCGUCAUCUUCCCCUCCGCCUGGAGCGUGGCCACCAUGGCCAACCACUCCUCCUGGAGCUCUGCCUACCUCGCCACCCACCCCUCCCUCACGUUGGACCCCAAUGUCACCGGUGUCUUCCGAGGGCCGUAUCCAUUUGGGAUCGACCCGAUCUGGAGCUUGGCCACCAACCAUCUCAACUUCCUCAACUCCUUCAAGAUGAAGAUGUCAGUGGUGCUGGGCAUCGUGCACAUGGGCUUUGGCGUCAUGUUGGGGGUCUUCAACCACCUGCACUUCAAGCAGCGGCACCGGCUGGUCCUGGAGUUCCUCCCGGAGAUGAUUUUCCUCCUGGCUCUUUUUGGCUACUUGGUCUUCCUCAUCUUCUACAAGUGGCUCAAGUACAGCGCUGCCGACUCCCAGGUGGCCCCCAGCAUCCUCAUCCACUUCAUCGACAUGUUCCUCUUCACCUCCAAUGUCGAGAACCUCCCGCUCUACCAGGGGCAGGUGCCGGUGCAGACGGUGCUGGUGGUGCUGGCUCUGGCAUCGGUGCCCGUCCUGCUCCUGGGGACGCCGCUGUACCUGUGGUGCCGGCAGCGCGCCUCGAGUAGGCCGGUGGCUACGGGAGAGCAGGAACCACUGCUGGAUGGGCAGGAGGCCGGGAACUCUGUCAACGCCACCAAGGAGGACGUGGAGAGCGGGGGGCACAGCCCUGACGCCAAGCACUUGGACUUCUCCGAAAUCUUCAUGCACCAGGCGAUCCACACCAUCGAGUACUGCCUGGGCUGCGUCUCCAACACCGCGUCCUACCUGCGGCUCUGGGCGCUCAGCCUGGCGCACGCCCAGCUCUCGGAGGUCCUGUGGACCAUGGUGAUGCGGAACGGCUUCGUGGGGCUGAGCUACGUGGGCGGGGUGGUGCUGGUGCCCGUGUUCGCCGCCUUCGCCGUGCUGACCGUGGCCAUCCUGCUGGUGAUGGAGGGGCUCUCCGCCUUCCUCCACGCCCUGCGCCUGCACUGGGUGGAGUUCCAGAAUAAGUUCUACGUGGGUGCCGGGUACAAGCUGUGCCCCUUCGCCUUCGCACCAGACACCUGGGACUAGCCGUGCUGAGGGAAUGUCGGGGGCUCGGAACAUCUGCGGCACCCCAAAUUCCCCCCUGCUGGACCCCCAGAGCCGAGGGGCAGUGGGGUCUGGCUGCAGCAUCCCCCUGUCCCCUCCUUGGCAGUGAAUAAAGCUGUCCCCAUGGCUUC